UUUAUAAUCUUUCACGCACAAUUUGAUGUUGCUAAUCACAAAUCAUUAAAAAUGAGUUUUGGGAACGAAGAUCAUUCUUCCAAGCUACUCCAAGCUCAAACCCACAUAUUUAACCAAACUUUUGGUUUCAUAAACUCUAUGUCCCUUAAAUGUGCAAUUGAUUUGUGCAUACCUGAUGUCAUACACAACUAUGGCCAACCUAUGCCACUCUCACAACUCAUUGCUUCACUUCCAAUUCACCCUUCCAAGGCUUGCUUUGUUUCCCGUUUGAUGCAAAUAUUGGUCCAAUCUGGUUUUAUCUCUCAAAACAGUGUCACUGAUGAUGAUGAUGAAAAGAAAGAAGUGAGUUAUGCUUUAACUGAUGCAUCUGCACUACUCCUUAAGGAGCAUCCCUUUAGUAUGACAUGUUUGCCACAAGUCAUACUUGAUCCAAUUUUGGUGAAUCCAUGGUUUCAGUUCUCCACUUGGUUCACAAAUGAUGAGCCCACACCAUUUCACGCACAUAAUGGGAUGAGUUUUUGGGACUAUGCGAGCCGUGAGCCCAAACUCAAUCACCUUUUCAAUGAUGCCAUGACCAAUGACACUCGAUUGAUUUCCAGUGUGAUGAUUGAGAAGUGCAAGGGAGUGUUGGAAGGAUUAGAGUCUUUGGUUGAUGUUGGGGGAGGAACAGGAACCAUGGCUAAGGCCAUUGCCAAGUCUUUUCCACACUUGAAGUGUAUUGUUUUUGAUCUUCCACAUGUCGUUCAUGGCUUGCAAGGAACGGAUAACAUCGAAUAUGUUGGAGGGGACAUGUUUCAAGCAAUCCCUUCUGCUCAUUCCAUCAUGCUCAAGACAAUAAUGCACAACUGGAACGAUGAGGAAUGCUUGAAAAUCCUGAAGAGAUGUAAGGAGGCAAUCGAAAAGAAAGAUAAAGGAAAAGUGAUUAUCAUAGACGUUGUGAUAGGAAACGAGAAAGGAGACAGUGAAUUGGAUCAAACAAAGCUCUACUAUGAUAUGGAGAUGAUGGUGUUGGUUACUGGAAAAGAGAGAAAUCAGAAAGAUUGGGCCAACUUGUUUUUUUCUGCAGGCUUUAGUCACUAUAAGAUAACUCCAGUUCUAGGUUUCAAGUCUCUCAUAGAGGUUUAUCCAUAGCAAUAAUGUUUGAAAAUGUGAAAAAGAUGUGUGAUGUGAUAUAUAUUUUAAAUAAAUAUUUCUGGAACAUUUGUUCUUAUUGAGCAACAUGUUUCAAACAAUAAAAAUGAUUCAUCUUGAAAA